AUUGAUUAUCGCCGAAAACUUUAUCCUUUAUUCCUUAUCAGUUCGAUAUGCUGCCUACUGUCGGUAUCAGGGAACCUCUCCGCAGAAGUUCAAUCAAUGGUGACAGCUCCAAUUGCUGGCCUUGUGCUCUUUCAAAUUGCCACCGCCAUGCUCCUCAUCAUAGGCGUACUCAUCGAUACAUCCGACUUUGUUUCAGGUGAUACACGUUUGCCUAGCAAUUGGAAUUGCAACUACAGUUCUCAUCUCACGCUUUUAUUCAGAUUUUGA